AUGAUUGAUGGGCGCGACGACGACGACGAAAACAGACCACUCAUGGCCAACCACCACGACGAUGAGGCCGGCGGGCGCGGGCGCCUUCACACCGACGGCACCUCCAAGAACACAUUGACGUCGACAACUGUUACGCCCGAGGACGCCUCGUCCAGUGCUGCAUCAGCCCUCUACCACACCAAUCGCGACGACGGCGACACGCCCCUUCCUCGCUUCCUCCGCGACCAGCAGCAGCAGCAACAAGACUCCAACAACGACAGCGAUGAUUCGUCCCGGCGCGGCCGCAAGUGGCCGACCUGGGUCCCCUAUCCCGUCGAGCGCACCGCCCGCGCCGUAGCACAGUGGACACGCGGACCGCCCGACGCUCAACCCUACCGAAUCCGGCCCUUCCUGCCCGCCGUGCAAGAAUUCCCCCUCCGCGCCAUGGACCGCUUCCUCCCCGGCCGCCGGCGUCGCCGUUUGCUGCUCUUCCUAUACCUUGCCGUCUGGGUCGUCGCCUUCGCGCUGCUCAAGCGCCAGGAGUACGUCGCCGGCGAGAUUGCCGGCGGCUGGGGUCGCCCGCAGGCCAUCGGCUGCGGCGCGGCGUACUUUUCCCGCAGCAACCUGUGCGGCCUCGACGGCGCCGACUGUCGGCCGUUCAACGGCAGCUCGCUGGCGUUCCGCUGCCCGGCCAACUGCGCGAGCUACCGCGUGCUCAACCCGCGCGCCGUCGGCGACCAGGAGGUCGUCUACCGGCCGCUGAUCGUCGGCGGGCCGACGACGGACCUCGACCCGAUCGGCUCGACGCUGUACCGGGGCGACUCGUACAUCUGCGGCGCGGCCGUGCACGCGGGCGUCGUGUCCAACACCAACGGCGGCUGCGGCGUCGUGCAGCUCGUCGGCCGCCAGCAGGGCUUCGUCGCCUCGGACCGCAAUGGCAUCGCCAGCGUCGCCUUCGACUCGUACUUCCCGCUGUCCUUCCGCUUCGUCCCCGUCAACUGCCACGCCACCGACGAGCGCUUCGCCAUCCUCGCGCUCUCCGUCGCCUUCACCACCGUCCUCGGCCUCGCCACCGCCUCGCCCGCCGCCUUUUACUUCCCCGCCUUCGUCGGCGCCUUCUGGACCGUCGGCAUGGCCACCGACGCGCCCUCCUACGCCACCGCCGGCGCGCUCUUCUCCAACAUCCUCGGCAAGUUCGUGCCUGCCAUGUUCACCGGCUGGGUCAUCUACGACAAGAUGGGCGUGCGGCGCACGCUCGCCGGGCUGACCGCGCAGGUGGAAAAGGUGGUGCUGUGGCUGGGCGCGUGCUGGGUCGGCGCGCUGGAGAACUACACGCUCGACUUCAUCCCCAUCCAGCGGCUGAGCGCGCACGACCUCGCGCAGCAGCCCGGCGCGCGCGCGGCGCUCGCCGUCAUCGUCAUCGCGCUCUUCUUCAUCGUUCUCUACCAGGCGUGGUGCUUCCGGCAGGAGGCGCGCUUCAACCGCUACAUCAAGCUGUACGCGCUGCUCCUCGCCGGCAUCCUGCUGUCGCUGGCGCUGCCGGGUUUGAACCUGCGCAUCCACCACUACGUGCUCGCGCUGCUGCUGCUACCCGGCACGUCGAUGCAGACGCGCCCGGCGCUGCUCUACCAGGGCCUGCUCGUCGGGCUGUUCAUCAACGGCAUCGCCCGCUGGGGCUUCGGCUCCUUCCUCGAGACCGACGCCGCGCUGCAGAACGACGCCCAGCUCGGCAGCCUGCUACCCAGCGUCGGCGCCGCCCCGGCCGUCGUGUUGGGCAACGCCGGCAACGCAGGCGCGCGCUCCAACAUCACGUUCGCGUGGGACCUGCCACCGCGGGACGAGUACGACGGCAUCAGCAUCCUGGUCAACGACGUGGAGCGCUACCGCGCGUACUUUGACGAUACGGACGCGCCGGCAAGGGAGUACACGUGGACGCGCAACGCCAGCCUCGGCCUGCCGGAGUACUUUCGAUUCGGCUUCAUGGCGGACAGCACCGCGGGGGAUUACACCAAGGCGGGCGUCUGGAGCAAGGACGGUGAAUGGACUCACAUGGCCGCGGGCCCGUCUAGAUGA